CCUCAUAUAGAUCUCAUUUAAAACAAUGACCACCAGAUCUAUCACUCAUAUUCUGCCAACAGAGCUCAUCGUUAGAAUCCUUAUGAUGCUGGACUACCAGUCCCUUCUUGCUUGCCAGCAGGUGUGUUACCUUUUCAACACGCUCAUUGCAGAAAGUUCCCUCCUUCAGUACACUUUGGAGCUUGCAGUUGCAGGAAAACAGGAUAAUCCUCGUAGUUCCCUCGAUUUUUCUCGGAAGCUCGCUGUAUUGCGACAGCACCAGGCUGCUUGGGGGGCGUUGCAAUGGGCCAAUACCUGCGACAUCCCCAUGCUUCGCGGGGGAUUAUGGGAGCUGUACGGCGGGGUCCUAGCCCAGUCAGAUUCCGAUCUUACUUUACGUUUCCGUCGUCUCCCCUCUCAAAUCCGCGGAAUCGAAGAGUACGUUUGGUCGGUAUCAACGUCCGACGUGGAUUUGCGUGACUUCACCAUGGAUCCGGCCCAAGAUCUUCUGGUUCUUAUUGCACGACCGAGACAGCAUCACGCAUUGGGCACUCGGCUCGAAACAGCGGUACACUUGCGAUCUCUGACCACUGGAAACCGCCAUCCCCUUGCACCUGAUCCUCCAAUUCUGCAGCACUCGGUAGAUGCGGGUGUCAUGGAAUUUAGCUUUGUCGUCCAAGUCUGCGAAGAUCGCGUAGCGGUGCACUUUAUGUCUCACGAAGCAGUUCCGUCAGAUUUGGUCGUCUGGAACUGGAAGACUGGACGGAAGGAACUGAACAUACACAGCCACGAUCUCAGGGCAAUUUCCUUCCUUUCCAAUCGUUAUAUGCUCGUGGGCGGUUUUGACGACCGCGAUCGGAUUACCGAGCCGCGUCUCUACGUCAUAGAUCUGACAAAGUGCGAUGGUCAGCCAGUUACCCUGGAAGACGUGAACUACCGCUGUGCGUUCGCGUAUCCACAAUGUGUCCCCUGGGUCACCCCCCUCGGUUUCCAAAUCCGCGCAGAUCCGAUGUCCCCUUGGGUACCACCUGCGUCUUCCGAUGUGCCUUUUUUCGUAGAUCGGGACUUGAGGUUGCUUGUCAUCACGAUGUACGUUGCAAUUGGCCAAGAACUUGUUUCGUUCGAUCUCUUCGUCCUAUCGAGAGCCCUGUUGUCUCUGGCUGAGGGGCUUGGUUCUGAAAACGUCCGUCAUAACUUCAGUUGGAAGGAUUGGGGGCCAGAGAACACUCGCUUAAUGGAGUCGCCACCGCACUCUCAGAUCUGGGUAUGCUUCGUUUUUGGUGCAAAGUUUGUAUCACUCGUGCAUGGCGGUUUCGAACUUGGAGGUCGUGUUCGCACGCUGGAGGUUUGGGAUUUCAAUGCUAUUGGUAUGCAAAAAGAAAGAUGUCAAGGGGUGAUGGACACGACGGAGGUGGAGGGCCAUCCUGACAUCGAAUGGCAUGACUGUGACUACUCCUUGGUCCAACAUAGCGUUUUUCUGGAGGACAUCGACACAAGCCUGCCGUAUCGGGUUGUCAGGCGAGACCUUCCCUUGCAGGAGCAACAUUGGCUUCGCUUCGCAGAAGCACUGUGCAGCGAAGAUAAUAUUAUCUUGGUCGAUGUACGAUCUCUCGUUGCUCUUGUUGAGUCGGCCCUCAUGGAUAGAUAUCCCACACAGGCGCGACAUCGUAAUUUCCGCCUACUGACAUUCUAGGCGCGUCAACUGUUAGGAUAUCACCGAUGAGAUCGAAAUUAGAAGAUGCUUUACUCGCGGUGCAAAGAUAUCUUCGC